CCUUCAUGUUUGAAUUGAAAACCCUAACCCAAAAUCAAAAUGUCAGACAACAUACCACCGAUCGAAAUCCAAGCAGAAAUCAUAAAAAAGGUUCCAGAUGUGAGAUCAUUGCUUCGAUUUCGAUCCGUUUUGAAACCAUGGAAGUCAAUCAUCGACAGUCCCGAGUUUAUCGCUGAUUACCACACUCGUCAUCCUAAUCAUCGUCUGCUUGUAAGGUAUGCUGAUAACGGAUAUUCUAAUGAUCUAAAAUAUGUAUCUAUCGCUGACGAUGAUGAUAAUAAUAUUUGUUUCCCUCAAUACAAGUUUCCCCUUACUAUUCCCGAAUCCGUUAGACUAGUCCGUAGCUCUCAUGGCUUGUUCUGCUUUUACGAUAUCGAUUGUAAUUAAAGCCGAAACAGUGUAGGCUUGAACACGGCUGUUGUUUGGAAUCCUUCAACAAGGAAAUCACUAGAGAUUGCUGUUCCCAAUAUAUGAGGCGGACCGUACGACUCUGUAAUUGGUUUUGGGGUUUGUCCCCACACUCUUCGCUUUAAGCUUGUCAAGGUGGGGAUUGGAGAAACCCGUUACGGAUGAACAAUUUACCUCGUACAUCAAUUGAAUUUGAGCCGAUGGAGCGGGUCCAUCCGGAACAAGUAGAAAUAGAUGGAGUUAUUAUAUUGGCUUGCUUAUGAUAGGAAUCCUGUCGAUGAUACAGGUAGUGGACGUGAUUACCGUGAGCUCAUUAUGUCAUUUGAUCUGACUAGUGAAGAAUUUACAGAAAUAUACCUCCCUGGUGAUAAAGAUUACUAUUAUGGUGUGUUUAUAUCUAAGCUAAAGGAGUCGCUUGUUGUGCUUGACUCCAAUGUGGUAGAUGAGAAACUAGUUUGCGAUGUUUGGAAGAUGGAGCAUGGUAUUUCAAAAACGUUUACAAAGCUAUACACCAUUAGCAUGCCGGAGCCAUCCAUAGAAUUAGAUAGGGUAUUUGGGUUUAGGAACAGCGGUGAGCCUAUUGUUGCAGGGUAUAUUGAUUCUGAAGGUUGUUUUGAACUUGAUUCUGAAGAGCGUUCUCAACAAAUUGCAAUUUUUGUCUAUGAACCCGAUUAAAAAAUUCUUAAUAAUAUUGGAAUUUCUGGAAAACGAGUUUCAUUCUUUGCGAGUUAUGUGGAAACUUUACUUUUGGUUGAUCAUUGAGAUGUGUGGAGCUAAGAACAAGUGAGUUUUGGAGCAUGAAAGCAAGGAUUGGAGAUUUAAGUGAAAUGAUAGUGUAGGUUGAUUGAAGACUUUAAAGCAUUGGACAUGAAGACUUUUUGAGCAGAUAAGUGAUGUAUGAAGAUAAAGAUUGAUGCUAGUGCUGACAGUGGUAUGAUCCAACUUUUGUUAUCAUUAAUACCAAUUUUAUUGUAUGAAUAUUGUGUGGCAACUUUUUGUGGAAAGUCAAGCAAAGAAUGUCAGAUUCGUCUAGUUACUUUUGCCUGACAUUCUAAAUUACCUAAUAUUUGCAAGUCAAGAUGAUUUGCAGUUUCAAGUACAACCUCAUAAAAGCAAGUAAACCAUUUAAAAGCACUAUAAAUGCCAUUCAAAUUUUCUUCAA